UAGGGAGAGAGAGACGACGCUCUCUUCUCUUGGCUCCGUCUCACACAGUCUCUCUAUCUUCAAGAACUGGUUCGUUAUCUGCCUUUCUAUGUCGUAACUUAUGAAUAUCAAGGCGAAGGAAAGUCCUAACCGUUUGAAUUAUUGAAGGAAGAAAUUCAUGAGGGCAGCAAUGUCAUCCUGGGGAGUUCGAAAGUUCACAAACUUGAUUGAGACAAUUGGGCUAAAGUAUUCUGCUUCCCUUAUUGGCAUUAAUCAUUUAAAGAACUUUAGUGCCUCUUAUUCUGCUGGCUCGAUUUACACAGAGCUUCCUAGGAAGCUUAAGAACUCUGAGCGGAAGCCAUGGGUUACACAUAUUAAUGAACUUAAGCGCAUAGCUAGAUUGAGAAAGAAAGAGAAGCAGAUGCCUCGUGAAAAAGUUCUGCAGCCUCCUGAAAAUGGUUUAUUGGUCAAUGAUUUAAUACCAGUUGCACAUGAAGUUUAUUCUGCUAGAGCUGAAUUAAUAACUUGCAUUUCAAGGGUUGGGAAGUGCAUACCCAUAUAUUCAUGCAGUGUUUGUGGAGAAGUUCACAUUGGUCAUCCACCACAUAAGAUCAAAACAUGCAAUAUUGCUGGUAGCCGAGCAAGCAAAGAGCACAGCUGGAAAAGUGGGGAUGCGGAACAUGUUUUGCCUCUAGUGGAGUCUUUUCAUUUAUAUGACAGACUAGGGAGAGCUGUCACUCAUAAUGAGCGGCUUCAGGUGGAUAGGAUUCCUGCUUUAGUGGAACUGUGUGUCCAAGCUGGCUUUGACAUCCCUGAAUACCCAACUAGGAGAAGGUCCAUCCCUGCUUACAGUAUGGCUGGUAGAAUCAUAGAUUUUGAACGGAGGUUCCCUAAAGGAGAUGCACCAGGGAAAGACAUAAAUCCAGGUGGAUUUUGGGAGAAGAAAAAGAAGCCAGGUGAAGCCAUUAGUUAUGCAGACUUGAAUUCGGUGGACUUGCAAGGUGUUGCCGUUAAAGGCAUGGAAGCAUGGGAGAGAAUGCGAUCAGGAGCCUCCAAACUUAUGCACAAGUAUGCUGUCCAAACAUGUGGGUACUGCCCAGAGGUCCAAGUGGGGCCUAAGGGUCACCGAGUAAGGAAUUGCCAAGCUUAUAAACACCAGAUGAGGGAUGGGCAGCACGCAUGGCAGGAGGCAACAAUUGAUGAUUUGGUUCCUCCUACGUAUGUGUGGCAUGUUAGAGAUCUGCAGAGUGUCUUACCGCUGGUGAAUGAUUUGAAGAAGUAUUACGGAAUGUUACCUGCAGUGGUGGAACUGUUUGCACAAGCUGGGGCACAGGUAGGCGAUCAUUACGAUGGUGUAAUGAGGGAAGAUGUUGCUGUUCCUGAAUUGAAUGAGGAGAAAUUGGCUGUCUGAGGCAUUGGAUUCAAUCAUGUAAGAUGCUGGGAUGAUGGUUAUGAAUUUCUUUUCUGGAUGCUUUUCUGGAGGAUGAACAUAUAAGUACCUUUUGCGGUGUUAAUGAAGUGGUAUCAGGCCUUGAUUGAUCAGUGAAUAUUUACAAAUUCGUCUAUCCUGUGCAGCAGAAGGAUUGCAACUGAUAUGGGGAUCUUGUUUCCAGAUAAUGGUCAAAACUUGUUUCAAGGAUGAUGGUCUUAGUUUCCAACUCAUGUCUCAGAUUAUCUCCAUUCACUUGUGAUUCUUUUUUCUAGAUGAAAUAUGGGGACAUAUAUAUUCUUUUUUUGAAAUACCGUUGAGUAAUAUGUUUUUAUUGGAAUUGAACAUCGAACACACAUAUAUUUAACCCAAUGAA